AUGCACACAAUGAUGCUAUCGCACGAUCGUGAUUCUGGCAUAUUCGACGACACUCCUCAUUUCCGACAAUCAAUAUCAUCCGACGGCAGCAGUCACUUUUCCGAUGACUUAGUUUCAUUGCACAAUGCAUCAUCGUACAAAAACUCCUUUCGUCCGAUACUUAAACCAAAUGACUUAUUGCAUGUGGGUGCGCGGUGCAGACAGUCGGUGAUCGAUACGGAUGACCACUACUUGUCUCCAACGAGAUCAUGUUCGCAAUGCGAUAGUCCACGUUCAAAUAACUCAACGCUAAUUCAACAUCCGUCUGAUAUAAUAUAUGUGAACAAGAGGCAAUUUAGUGCAUCAACAAGAAAUAAAACAGAUCAAUCUCUAUCAUCGUCUCCCACAGUUCUCGGUAAAUGUCAUUUAUUGCGUUCAUGUCUGUCGUCAAAAACUAUAUCACAUGCACCUUCGCCAAGGAAGCGUUGUCCACCUCCGAAACCUCAAAAUCAGUUCUUCAUUCAACUAGCACGACAUCGACCGCUUUUACUCGUUCUAAACGGUUAUCACUGUAAUUGUGGUUGUGGCUUUUCUGUUCAGAAUGGUGAUACGGUGAUAUGUUUAGAUGCGACGAUCGAGAACAAAUGGAUAACAGUUAUAUCGAGACAUAUGAUUUGUUCCAAGAUGCCUCAAUCGUAUGUUUGCGAUGUUUACGCAUUAAGACAGAAUGUUAAAGCACGUCCACAACAAUGUUCGAUGAUUGAAACAGAGUUUUGA